AUGUGCUCGUCGCUGGUGCGUUUCUCCCCGGGCCGCCUGCCGCCAGGCGUGGCGAGGGCGGCGCUAGUUGCGGCGUGGGUGGCGGGAUGGAUGGGGCUGUGCGCGUGGGUGGUGUGGUUCGCGCACUCGCAGGCCGCCAAUCCGCGGCAGGAGGCGAUGCGAGCGUGGUGUCGCACGCGCGUGCGAUACCUCUACCAGGACAUCUUAUCGUCCGUCUCCCAUGCGCAGUCCCCUUGCCUCCAUGCGCUUUCAGUCUCCGAGUCUCCCCAAACCCUAUUCAAGAGGAGAACCUCUGCUACUCGUACUCCAGCCCCAUUCACCGCAUUGCUCUUAACCCAUCUGCAUUCACCGCAUGGCUCUUACCCCAUCCGCAUUCACCGCAUGGCUCUUACCCCAUCUGCAUUCACCGCAUGGCUCUUAACCCAUCUGCAUUCACCGCAUGGCUCUUACCCCAUCUGCAUUCACCGCAUUGCUCUUAACCCAUCUGCAUUCACCGCAUGGCUCUUAACCCAUCUGCAUUCACCGCAUGGCUCUUAA